AUGGUACCCGCUCAGAUUGCGCUUUUGCACGAUCAGCGGUACUGUGACGGCCACUUUGUCAACCCUCGCAACCAGAAGCUCUUUUACUGCGCUGCUUUUCCUCCACCCACUGUCUCUGUCCGAAGUGUCGUGCUCUUUCUGCACGGUAUUGGCGAGCACUCGUUGCGGUUUACGCACGUCUAUCGCCACUUGUGUCUUAAUGGCUACGGGGUGAUUGCCUACGACAUGCUGGGACAUGGCCAGAGUGCGUGCGAAGAGCCUGGUCUUCGUGCCCAUGGAUCCGAGUUCCAUUUCUUCGUGGACGACACGAACGACUUUAUAACGACUGCAAAGUUGGACGUGUACAACAAGAUGCUGCCAGAAAGGGCACGCGAUCCGCCUCUUGUCAUCAUGGGCAUCUCUUUUGGAGCUCUAGUUGCUUUGAAUACAAUACUAUCAGGCGUCCAUCCUUUCAAUGGCUGCAUUGUGGCCUCGCCCGCUAUUGCGGUCGAGUAUACACCUACUCUCCACAUCGUGGAGUUGGUGUUGAAGCCGCUUGUGUGGCUAUUGCCAACAACAAGAUUGGUAGCGGGAGUGAACUUUAAAGGGCUUACCCGUGACCCAGACUUCCUUGCGAAUUAUAUGGCGGACCCAUUGAAUGUCACGGAUAACUUGACGACACUUAUGGCGGUGCAAGUGGGUUCAGGUAUGAAGCAGCUACAAAACAGUGAGCAAGUUGAGGACCAGACGAGCAUGCUUAGCCGUGUCCCGCUUCUUGUACUACAAGGUACGGAAGAUAAGGUCACAAGUGUACCGAUCGUCAAGAACUUUGUAAGUCGAGCUGCCAUCAAGGACAAGGAGCUGAAGUUGUUCCCGGGACUUUUCCAUUGUCUCUGGAACGAACCAGAGAAGCAGCAAGUCAUGGAUUACGCCAGCAACUGGCUCAACAAUCGGUUUGUCAAACCUGUCGUGGAAUUCGGUGCAGGACAAACCUCUCUGGGGAUCUCAAAAAUCUAG